GAUGACGUCACCGGAAAGACAUGACCAAAACAAACAUGGCGACUAAAACGACGCUAAACUAACCGUAAAAUUGUCCAGGCUUGUGUUCUCCGUCGUCUCUUCUGAUUUCAACGGAUUAGUUUGCGGAUACACAGCACGUGGAGUGUCUGGCGAACUCAUUACAUGUUUUCUAAAGCGGGUCUGGACGGGGGGACGAAACGAAACCCGGAAAACGGACGGAAGUGUGUGCCUCUGGUUUGAACCUAAACAUCCGCCUCCGUAACGCGUGUGUUUACUACAGUAGACCGUCUCAGCUGAACAACAAUGGAGGUGUAACUAUGAGUUAUUAUGGAUCCGAGGGACUAUGACGGUAAAAUUACGGCUUGAACAAGAUGUAGACCCGCGGAGGGUUUUUUUUACCCUGAAAACACUGAUGGAAGACGCAGCGUUAAACAUCUGAAAGUUGGAGGAACUUUACCAUGGGUUUGGUGAAUUUCGUCAUCUCCACCAUAGGAAAAUGCCUGGACGCGGUCUGCCUGCUGCUGGACCUGAAUUUCCUCAUCGUCCACAGUGUGGUCCGGACCGUCCUGGCUGUUUUCUCCUUCAUCACCAGCCUGCCCAACCUCCUCCUCCACUCACUGCUGGAGCUGGGAAACCUAACCGUGUUUUGCUUGAUUUCCACCGCCGAAACUACAUCAAAUGUUGCCCACGGGACGGUCUCCAUGCUUGGCAGCCUGCUGCUGGCUCUGGAGGGGCUGCUCGAGAGCCUAAAGAUGGUGGGUUACCUGUCCAUGCACGUGCUGCUUCGUGGGAAAGAGCACCUAUAUCGAGGCCUGCUGUCACUCCUGGAGGGCUGUGGGAUCGUUGUCAGCCUGGUGGUCUAUUUUGCCAACACGGUGGUCAACUUUGCACUCAUUACAACCCAGAAUGUAUACAUGGCUCUGGUUAGUGUUUGGCAAACUGUUUCCAGCCCGCUGCAGAAGGUGUUGGAGCUCCUGCUGACCUCCUUUACUUUCCUGUACAGCGCCCUGGUCGGGACUUCAACAUUCCUGUGGUCGCCUUGUAAACUAGUGUUAGACUUUCUGUUCUCACUGGUUCACAUGUUUAUAAGCAUAUUCAUAGUGAACAUCUACGGCCUCCUGCUCACCAUCACUAUUGCUCUGACUACCACCAUCUACCUGAACCCAGAGCUGACCCGACAGGCUGCGAGGAAAGUGCUGGAUUACAUGAACUCUUUUCCUGUCCUGCGCAGACUUUUUCUGAGCCUCAAUCAUCUUGCUGUUAGGCUGCAGAGUGCUCCACAAUUUAUACAAGGUGCCAUGCAGCACUUGCCAAGGAUGCUUCAUCACCUGUGCAUGUUAGAAAGAGGACUUUGGCAGCAGGUGUCUCGGCUCAGCAGCCAGUUCAGUAUGGCUCUGAGGACACAUCUUCAAAGGGACAACAACAACAGAGAGCGUGGCGAUGGCGACCCUGCAGAGGAAAGGCGGGACCCACCUGACGGGAGAGCAGGAGAUGGGGUCGACCAGGACCCGCAUAAUUUCGUUGUCCCCUCUUCAAGCACAGAUAGACCACUGAAGAAGCAGUCUUCAAAAGGGAAAGAGCGUAAAACUCUCCCUGCUGAAGAUCUGCUGACUCUGCUGAAGGAGCAGGAGGACAGAAAGAAGUGUGUCAUCUGUCAGGACUGUACCAAGACAGUGGUGCUGCUGCCAUGCAGGCAUCUCUGCCUGUGUAGAGACUGUACAAACAUCCUGCUGAGGCAGCCUGUGUACCAGCAGAACUGCCCUCUCUGUAGGCACAUGAUCCUCAACACCAUGGACGUGUAUCUAUGAGGGACAAGAGCAGAGAACUUGGUGACUGACCACAUAACACACACUGUCUGCAGUUUGAAAGCUGGAAAGCUGUUGUACGCUCCAUGUUUAUAGCAGGGUGUUUUAAAGAGUAAGUUUGGUACAUUUAUUGUAAGACCAAAAUGCUUUCCUGGCUCAUAUUCAGGCUCCUUUACUUCUGCUGAAAGCAGCUCUAUCCUUAGGCUCUGUGUUUUGUUUUGUUUUGUUUUUCAGUUUGUUAUAAUAUAAAAUAUAUAUUUCUCACAAAAGAAUACACUUGCUUUAAUUAAACAGAUGGCUUUUGCCACUUAGGUAAUUUAAAUGGUUAAUUGGUUUUCAAUUUUGGGGACUUAACUGAUAAAUUAAAUAAAACAGGACAUCACUAGACUUAUAAAGUUUUGUUUCUGCUCUGCGUACAUUCUGAGAACAGAAAAGAUUGAACUACAUCCCAGUUCAAUACUACAUUGUAUACUACCUGUAUUGAAUCUGUAAUACUGCUUAUACUUGUCUGUAAAGCUUAUUGCUCUUGCAAUUGGUUUCCAAUUAUCAACAUUAGUAUCUGUUUCAACUGGGAUGACAAUUUUGAAAUAACUUUUGGUGAUUAUUAUUAUUUUACAUUUUUGACCUCCGUGUACUACAUUCUUGGAAAACUGUUUUACUUUAAAAUCUGAGUCACAGUGUACUUCAUUUUGUUGAGUGUUUUGUAUGGUUUUAGGGCACAGAUGCAGUCUCUGUUUAGGGCAUGGUGAAAUAUUCAAGCAAUGCCACGUUGAGUCUCAGGUCUUGUAACCAAGGUGACCGGUCAGUGCACUUCCACGCUGAAAUGUUUACCGCCGCUAAUGUCUUAAAAUGUUGUGCCGCCAUUGAGCCAAGCUGUGGAGUGAUGAAGCCAACACUGCUUAAAUGCAUGAGGAUACUGAUGCAUCCUCACAUACUGUACGUAUGACUGUGGUGUGUAUUUGCUGCAAUGUGGCGCUAUCUUUUGUUCCACUGUACAGGCUUUUACUUUUUAAAUAUGAUGACCACUUUUGCAGAAUAACAUGUUGAGAGUAAAAAAAAAUGGUUUGCUGUAUUUUAGGAAGCUUCCAGUCAGGUGUGAUAUAUUUGUUCUAUUGAUAGGAUCUAUUCCAGUCUUCCAGGAGAGGCGUAUCACAGUCACUUCCCAACACAUAAUCUAUAAGAGGUUUUCCCUUUCCUUGUUAUUGUAAUAAAACAGAUUUCUGCUGUGUAAAAGGACCAUAAACUAAUAAGGAUUCACAAUUGUAUUUGCUUUUUUCCUGUUAAAGCCCAAAUUUAUCAUUGUUUUGAGUUUACAGGGCAUUACAAUGACACAAAGUAACAUGUCGUUAUUGAUACUGGCAUGGGAAAAGUCAAGGUGUGGGUGAUUUAGCAUUUUAAGGAAAUCAGAGUUUUGCAUUGUGUUCAGCAUAACAGAUAUCUUGAAAGUGUUCUUGCAUUUAUAAAUGAUUCCUGACCUCCUGGUUAAAGUUAAGAUUGCCACUGAAUGCAAACAGCGUACAUGACCAUCAUCUGUUUGUAUUGAACAGUAUUAGACGAUGUGAUUUGAAGACAUGAAUGUAUAUUUUUUAAAUGCUUUGGCUGCCAUUUACCUGGUGGGUGUUUUUUCAUAAUAAAAAGACUGAUGGAAUCUGUCUAAUGUGGGAUCUCCAUAGUAAACUUUAGGAUCUUUGUGCAUGCUGUGACAGAGAGUUCAAAGAUAAAUCCAGUGUAGAAGUAAAUGAAACCACGAGUAGAUCGAGUACAUGAACACAGGUUAUUUUGGAGAUAUAGCGAUGGUUCCAAUAAGAACAUGAGGAAUAUUUCAGCUUCAGCACUCUGAUAUUGCUCAUGGCUAGUUGACUCACUGGUACACUUCAGGAGAACAGAUCUAUCAUAAUUUUUUUAACCAAAUCUGUCCCUUACCUACUAUGACAAGUAUCUACUGUAAAAAAAAGACUUGAUAGAUAUCGAAAGCAGACUACAGAACCUGAUUUCCAUCUUGCAUUCCUACCAUGUGCACACAUUUCUCUCAAAACUCUGUGUCCUUUUUUACCAAAUUUGGUUUAAAUGACUUCACCAUCUGUUCAUGACGUUCACACAGCCUGCUGCUCGCCCCUAGAGCUUUCAUAUAUAGAGAUUUCUAAACUUGAGUACAGUAAGAAAUGCUUCCCUGGGGAUUUGAAACAUGAGAUUGCAUAUAAGUACAGAGUCUGAAUUGGAGAUCAUGUAAUUUCUGAGUCCACAGAGGGCUCAAUGUUUAUAUCUUGUGUUUCAGGAGAUAAGGGGAUUGUUCAGGGUCAGAGAAGAGGCCCCCUGAUGGUCACAUGGGACCACUUACACUAUUGUUUGUCAAGUUAUUUGACCCUUGUGGUUUACAGCGUCAUUCCUGUUCCCAGUGCUGCUAAAAACAUAUCGCCAGAUCAACAUUUUAUGUCUGUUAUAAUGAAGGACCACACCACAUGACAGCGAUCAAUUGAGAUUUUUUUACUUUAAAUGUAUUUUUAGGGUAGGACACUAAAGAUUGGGAUCAAUUUUAAACCAAGUUUAAACCCUUGUAUAACAGAAAAAGUAAACCCUGGUUUUGUGUCCUGGCCAACAUUCCUCUGCAGUAUUUGUGUGUCAGCUGUAAAUGAGGGUGGUGUUAACAGAGGAGAGGAAGUUUAAUGUCAGGGGAAGAGCAGGGAGGGGUAAACUAAGAGAAGUGUCAUACUCAGGGGAUUCAACCUCCUCUUUCUGACCCCUCUGGUCCUGGUCAGGGAGCAGUGUGGGAAAAUGUCCGACCACAUCCACUUUUCCCCAUCUUACUCAGACACUCAGUUUGUAUAGUUUAUGAUCACUGUCGCUGCCUUCAACUCUGACUCAGAAAUUCUACAUCAUCUAUAGUUUCUUUUUUGUGUGUGUGUCUGUCUUAAUCAGCUGGGAAAACCCCUCUUGUUUCAGAUGGGUUCAAGGCCUCAUCCAUGCUGAUGAAGUGUUAAAGAUGAUGACGACUGCACACAUUCAUGAGGCAGAGUUCACUGUGACCUCUGACCUCCCUAUGAGAGCUCAUGAACAGUGAGUAUGUUUCCCUCAAACAUGAGCCAUGAGAGGGUUAUGUUUCUAUUUCUGAUACUAGCCAGAGGACUACUGAAUUCAAACUGUAAACAACAGUUUGACAGUAAUGACAGUGAAGAAGAGACAGUCAGCUCAUUAGUCCCGGACCCGACUCCUCUGUGAUGAAGAGGUUUGUUCUAAUUCAUCCAGAUAAUGCUGAUAGCCUUGAGUGAAUGCAUUGUUUCAUGUAUGGGCUCUGCAGAGAUUAGAGUUAGUGAUUAUUGAAGGGAGCUGAAUGAUAACUAUCAGGUCAGAGGGCUCAGAGGGGUUCCCGCCAUGGUGCUUGACCUUUCACCUCUAGACUGAAAAGUGCUACUGUUCCUUCUCAAAAACAACAAAAAUCUUCAAUACCAACAGAAAAUAUCUGCCCAUACACUUUCCACAGUAUUAUGAGUAAUAAGUAGUAGUAAUAACGCCCAGAAACAAUUUAAAUGUGUUUCAUUUUUAGUGGAAAAGGACAAUGUUAUGUGGCUUUUUGGCAGAUAUAAGAUCGUUAAUGUCAUUGAAAAUGGAUCAGUGUCAUCUGAAUAAAUAUAAACAUAACCUAAAAACUGUGCAGAUAUAUUCCUCGCUUUUAAAAGGUCAAAUCUAGUGAAACCAGCUGUUUUUAAGCGUCAUAUAACUGAUAAAAUGGAAAUCUCCUGUUAGCAAUAAAGAGGUUUAGCUGAUUAUAAUCCAAAAGAUGUAAAUACAGAGGGCAAUGACAAAAAUAGAAAAGCAAAACAACCUUUACAUCGUGUUCCAGUGGGUCUGAGUCAUCUAAAACACUCAAAAAGUACAUCAUGAUAUCCUGACUGUAAACAUUUCAACAUAAGACAACUUUGAAUAACCGAAUCAGGGUUCUUCUGCCUCCAAAGUCUGACAGAAUUCAAACUUUGCUCGUCUGGAUCAGUGACUGAACUGUGAAACAACACUGCCCCCUGCUGGGUUAUAUAAUACUUCCAGAUGCAGCAGGGCCCUCUUGAACUGAAGUAAAGUCAGAUUAUUCUCUCAGGUACUUUAGAGAUUAUACUGACCUGAGAAGAAGUGUUUAUCAUAGAGAUGACCUAUUAAUAUGUUAUACAUGGAAAUACACUUAACUGUUUGUUAUUAUGAGCUACAUGAGAGGACCUACUAAUUUUAUGUAAGCAGUCGAAUGUCCAAAAUAAGUUAGCUGACAUAUCCAGGCAACUUGAGUCCAUCAACGAAGCUUUAGGAUGUGAAGACUGGGACUACUUCUUGACUGGAGAUUAUAUUAAGAACCUCAAUCUGGGCAGUAAUAUAUCAGAUUUAAAAGUACUUGAUACUUUGUCAGGAGGGUUAAGAAGUGAAAGUUAAGGUUUAGGAUGGCAUUAUGAGUCAUUUAGUUGGUCAUUAAGAGGCAGAGUAAGGUCAACCAGAGUUGUACCAUAAUUCUUAUAAAGAAAAAUAUAAGGGUGAAAGAGGCGCACAUAUUUAUCUAGUUACAGGAAUUGCCUUGGGGAUUGUGAUAUGAAUGUUUUCUGUGUUCUUUUAACACUGUCUGCACAAGCUCGUGCUCAUCAUACUAUCUUGUGCUCUAAAAUAAAUCAUAUCUGCUCUGACAGUUUAUCCAGAUGUCAAACUCUUGUCCUCAUUUUUCUCAAACUGACAACCGUCUACCAAUGAGAGCCCAGUAUUUCCAUGUGAUGUCACAGUCUGCUCAGCCAUCGGCUUCAGGCAGUUAGAGAGCAAUUUACAGGCCGUGAACUAAUGGAAAUAACUUAUUGAUGCCAUGGCAAGAUUGAUCAACUCCCUGUUUCUCUCAUUCUGCCCCAGAGGGAAAACUUACGAGGAGAAAUUUAAAGCUUAAUUAUGUGUGGGGAGUCUCAGGGAGUGAGAGGAAAAUAACAUUUCCUCAUGUGUGAGGUAGAGCAGGCUUAGAGCGGCUUCUUGUUCUGGUUUUGUUCAUGUUUACCCUCCAAAAUAAAUAUCACAACCCUCGAAAAUGUCAAGAGACAGCAAGAAAAACUUGCUGAAGUAAGAAGUCUAUUUUGAACUAUUGCAUAUUACAAGUGACGGGAAAUGGGAGAUAACUGGCAUUAACCAGCUCAUGGUGUUGAAAUGUAGCUGCAGUCUGUCAGGGCACUUUCAGCGUUUGGUGAAAUCAUUAAGUGAGUGGUAAACAGAAUAAAUCCAGUGGAAAAUGAACAUUUUCCAGUCGUUUUCAUUUUGGUAUUUACUGUGGCAGAGAUGUACCUUUGGGGAUAGGAACCGUAGCGUAAGGUGUUGAAUAUUUAUGAUUUAUGUGCAAAAUGGUUAUUCAGGCCGGGGUGGAAAGUAAUAAGAUAUUUCAGCUGUACUUACGAGAAUUGUGCUCCUAGUUUGGGUAUUUCUGCCCAGAUCUUUGUUUUCUAGUUGCCCAGAAAGGUGGCCAGGAGAGGCAUAGGCCCCCCUCGAGAUCCAGAAACUUGAGAUAUGGACGGCUCUGUGGGAGUUGUGCUUAAUCAGUGUAAAAUCAAAUGGUCAGAAUAACAACCUUUUUCAAAGACAGGUGCAUAGGGGAAAGAAGCAAACCUCUAUACGCACUGUGUUAAUGUCUUUGCACACUGGGUCUACAAUUCUGGAUACACCAUCCACUCAAACAUGUCUCAGACUGAAGUUUCACACAUUUAAGUUCAAUGCAUUUCAUUCUUACUCCUAAGAAACAACAGUAAAUUUGUUGGUCUUUCAGUCACUAAUAAUAAGAAACAGAAAACACUGAGCUUUACAAAAAAAGAGCAAAAAGAGUUUCACCUGCUGAUUAAGCAGCUGCAAAUUUACACAAAUAACUUCUAGAUAUAAUUCAGGAUAUCAGUGGUCCAGUUUAAAGUGCUUCUAGCAUCUUAAAGAAAAAAAGAGGCCACCAACUUUUUUGAAGCAACUGACCUUUAACUGAUCUGUAGCUAGUGGUAUGUUUGAUUUUAGGAAACAGUGUCCACAGACACCUGGAUCAGACAAGAUCAAGAUAGUUCAUGAUUUCUAAUUCAGACACCACUGAAUGGACACAAAAUCCAUCCUGUUCCGAAAAAUGUAUGAGGGAUACAAAAUUUAGAGUCAAUAUGCAAACCUCAAUAUGCAAACAUGAGUGAUACACAAAACAUGAUUUUUUUUUGUAAAACAUGAGGCAAUGAAGCACAAAAAGCAGGUUCAGUUUGCAAAGACAUCAACAGUCCAAUAUACAUAUAUUAGCAUCAUUUCCUGAACAUUGCCUGUAUUUUGACAGUGUGCAGGAGUUUGCUUUGACUUCCUAAAGAUAUAAGUGUUGAAGAAAUACAUAGUGCUGCUCUGGUAGGUUACUUUUGUUAGAAUGUGUUAGAAGAAUGUUAGAAGUCACAAAAAGUUACAUUAAAUGAAGAUAAAUAGUAGAUAAAUCCUGUUUUUCAGUGCAUAAGUCAGAGCUCUAGUUGGGCCACACUGGGUAAAAAUAGUGAAUAAUAAAAAGUAAGGACACUCUCCUGACUGCAGCCACUCCUUUCUUUUUCAGAUUAUGAUUUUCAAUUAGAAAGACAAAUGUUGUGUGCAUAAAACAUGAUGCAUAUCUCAACAGUAGUAAAUUACAACCUUUUUGGUAAAUGACAGAUAUCGUUCUCUGACUCAGAUGUCUGUAAGUUGUUAACAGCUCCAUCCACUAACACUUUGAGGCUUGAUGUAAACUCAUCACUAUCAAAUAGUAGUAUAAAUAUAUAUGAGUAAAGCUGUGUAAAGUAGAAUCUUAUGUUUGAGUGAUAACACUGUAAAAAUGUCAGUAUGAUAAAUCGUCACUUAAAAGGGCAAUUUAAAAAAAGUUACAUGAGUAAGAAAGUGAAGCAGAAAUGAUUUUUGCAAUAAAAGAAACGUAUGUAUUUUCAAAACUACAACUAUUUAUUAUUUUACAUGUUUGAGGUGCAGAAAUCGACAGUAAACGAAGUGGAAUAAAAGUAUUAAAGCUGUUUAAAGUUGUGGCUUGGAGUUGGCUGGGAGCCGUUGUCACAUCAUCUAUUACAAGACUUAUGAGUCGCAGCGCUUCAAAGCUGCAGAUGAAGAAACAUUACUGCCCACGAGUGAAGACAACUACACCACACCAGUACAGUAUGUGCCAUUUAAAGUAACAUUGUCUGGGGAGUGUUUUUCACUUAUUACCCAAAUACAGAUGUAAAAUGUCACAUCUUGUUAACUUGUCUUAAUCCAGAACUUCUUAGUCAUACAAAGGAAAUAAAAUAAAAGGUGGUGGUUUGUUUCAUAGUUAAAGUCAGAAAAUGACUCGCUUUUGUUCACGUCAUGCAAACACAGCAGAGUUUUUCCAGUCUGAGUAAACCAGGAAGCCAGUGAAGGUACUGUCUGUCUUAGUGCUGGAGUAAAACCCGUUGUACUCUGACAGGGCCAUCUGGACCCACACCUGGUCACCAGGGACAAGGUGGAGUAAGGAGCCACCUGACAGAGACGCUGGUUUGGGCCAGUUACCAUAGAACUGGAAAUAAGAUGCC